AUGGAAGAGGAUAAAGUUGAGCAAGAAAAUGAAGCUUUUCAAGAAAGUCAGUAUCUGACGUUUUUGAAGUCCCUUGACAAUGAGAAUCUUAUUUCACAUAUCAACCAUAUUAGCCAAACGCAAGAAUUGAGACACAACUCGUUUCAGGGUGUAUCUACUCCCAAAAAGAUUACGUCGCAAGUAAGUAAUGCGAGCUCUGACCCAUUCAAUGAUGGCUUGGAUGACCAAAUUAUAAACCUCUUAGGUGGGCCCCUGCCGCCAGAAUUGGAUGCAAAAAAAAGUGUUGAUGCUAUUGGUGGUAUUGAAAAUGGUGAAGAUAAUGUAGAUUGUUGUAAUAGUGGUAAUAGUGGUAAUAGUGGCAAUAGUGGUAACAACAAUAAUGAAGAUGAAGUGGCGAUGGUGGUACUGGAACAUUCUCCGCUUUUACAUCAAACGGGUGCCAUUUUUCACGCUUUACCCGCAGAGGAAAGUGAUGCAUCAGAGAGUGAUAAAGAUGAAGCGUCCAUUGGUGCUCUUCAUGAGUUUAAUGAUUACGGUACCUAUUUAGACUCCAAAUUAAAGAAACAGCAACGUCAAGACGAAGCAUAUAUCGCAUGGGACCAACAACGAAGAAGGCAGCAGAAACUCGAUCUGCAACCGAAACAAAUGUUUAAAGGGUGCACGAUAUUUGUCAAUGGACAUACAAAGCCGUCGAUUAAUGAGAUACAUAGAUUGGUUAUAUUGCAUGGAGGCAAAUUCCUUAGCUAUAUGGCUAACAAAUCGGUUGCAACGCAUAUAAUCUGCGACCGCUUAACACCAAGAAAGAAUGUCAUGUUUAAAAACUAUAAAGUUGUUAAAGCGCAGUGGAUCGUUGACUGCGUUGAAGCGGGAGAAUUGCUUGAUUGGCAAAGAUAUAGGUUGAUCAUGGAUGUAGCAUAUGACCAAAAGCGAUUAAAUUUCCCACAACGAAGAGAAAGGACUAUUUCUGAAGAGGAAUCGGAGUAUGAAGAUGUUUUUCAAAAUGGAGACAACGUUGCUAGGGACAUUGAUCAAGAUAAUAAUGAGCAAGUUCACAAAAAGAACAAAACGGAAAAUAAGGAAUGUAGGGAAAAUUAUGGUCGUGAUAAUGGUUCUAAGGAUGAUCUCAACGAUAAUUUGAUUGAUGAUCUCAACGAUAAUUUGAAUGAUGAUCUCAACGAUGAUGGUGAAGAAAAUCAAGUUUUAUCCAUACUAGCAGAAGAACCCGACAUUUUGGAGCGCCAGCAGAUGUUGGAACUGCAAAGAAGUAUCCUUAGCAAUAGUACAUAUGAGGAUAAUCUAGACGAUGAUGAAGAAAUCGUGGACCUUGCUAUAACUAAUGACAAUGGAGAACCUCCAUCUGAGGGAAAAGGUGUUCAUAAAGUAAAAGGCAAGUACGUGCUUGAUGCUCGCCACCCUGAUUUUCUACGUGGUUUCUUUGCCAACUCUAGAUUGCAUCACCUAAGUAUGUGGAAAGCCGAUUUAAGGCUAAAAUUUCUCCGAAGAAUAGUCAAGGAGCAUUUGCAUAAGCCCAACCCUCAGGACCGUUUUGCGGCUUCUUCUAUUAAUAAUUUAGUUCAGAAUAAUAAUGAUAACAAGGGGAAGAGAAUUAUUAUGCACAUUGACUUUGAUUGUUUUUUUGCUACUGCCUCGUGCUUAAAGCAUCCAAAUUUAGAUAUCGAUAGAGACCCAAUUGCAGUAGGUCAUGGUGGAGAGACUUCUGACGUUGCAAGUUGCAACUAUGUUGCGCGUAAAUAUGGCGUGCGAAAUGGAAUGUGGUUCAGACUGGCGCAAGCAUUAUGUCCGAAUCUAACAUUAUUGGAUUAUGAGUUUGAAAUAUAUGAAAAAUGCUCAAGUGAGUUUUACAAUUAUUUGGUUACCAGUGAUUACUUUGACACUAUAUUUCCUGUAUCCAUAGAUGAAGUACUUGUGGAUGCAUCUUCAUAUUGUUUCAAGUCAGAAAAACCAAUUGAAGAGGCCGUUACCGAAUUGUGUAGUCUUAUUAGAAAGCAUGUUUUUCAGCUAACUAAAUGUUCAGUCAGUAUUGGUGCGUCUUUUAAUGUGCUACUUGCAAAAUUAGCAAUAAAAAGGGCAAAGCCCAAUGGCCAGUUUUUCUUGCACAAGGAUAUAGAAAAAGAGCUUUUUGAAGUUCCAAUCAAAGACCUCCCAGGUUUUGGCAAAGGUAUAUUGGAGAAGCUUGAGCCGGAAAUAGACAAAACCAACCCUAAGAUCCUGGAUAUAAUAAAUCUUCCAAGGUCACGUUUAAUCUUACUUGUUGGUGAAAAAACAGGUACUAAGUUGCAUGAGUAUGCUCGGGGCAUAGAUAAUACCAGUAUAGAAGUGGAUACUUCGAAUCCUGAAGCAGUUUUAGGAAGAAAAUCUAUCUCUGUUGAUGUUAAUUUCGGUAUUCGAUUUGACACGGUUGAGGAGCUUGAUGAAUUUUUUAUGCGAUUGGCACGAGAAUUGUAUGAACGAAUGGUUAAUUUGGGAUUAUGUGGUUCUAUUUUGACUCUCAAGUUGGCAAAACGAGCUCCUGGGGCAGAUGUUGUAACUGCAAAAUUCUUAGGGCUUGGCCAAGUUGAGUUUGUCAAUAAAUCAUCCCGGCUUGGCGUUGCCACUAAUGAUUGGGGUGUGAUUGGGAAUGAAAUCAAGGUUCUUUACCGAAUGAUUAAUAUUCCCGUGAAAGAUUUGAGAGGAAUUUCUGUAAGUAUGACAAAGUUGAAAGAUGUGGACUCUAUGAAGUCGUCAAAGCAAAUGACCUUGCCAUUUGGUCGUGCUGCAACAAAUCGAAACAAAGUUUCCUAUGAAAACGGCUCUCCUUUCAAGAAUACGUCCAUUUCCACAACGGAAAGCAAACUCCAAGUUCGAGCUCCUAUUGAGGCUCCGUCUUUCAAGAACCUCAAAACAAGACCUAGAGUUGGAGAAAAGCUUGUUUUUAGUAGAGAAGAUAUUGCAAGAAGACGUAAACGUCCAAAAACAACAUCGUCAGAUCCCCUCAAUAAUGCAGACGAUAUAGAUUGGGAUGUUUUUAACUCGCUCCCAAUAGAUAUUCGCAGAGAAUUAGAAUGCGAAUUAAAGCGAAGGGGAAUGCUUCCAGAGCAAAGAAGCCCUCCAAAGGGGAAAUCUUACUUGCAACAGGUAUUUCUGACACAGGUUGGUGGGAAACCAAAAUAUGUGAGAGUAAUCGAAUCACCCACAAAGACAACGAAGAAGAAGCGCAAGACUUCGGCAUCACCGUCACCGUCACCUGGACCCGGACCCGGACCUGGACUUGGACUUGGACUUGGACAAGUAUUGGGGCCGUCGCCUGCGAAAUCAAAACAAAAUGUAGUAUAUGAAGAGUCCCAAUCUUACGAUACUAUGAUUGUCAACGAAUUGCCCUCUUCCAUAAGGGCAGAUGUCUUAAAAGAUAUGGAGUAUAAGAAAAAGAUUCGCAAUUUUGACUUGGUGCCCAUGAGAGAAAAGAUGAACAGGAAAAUGGAAGAGGCAAAAGUGGAUGUUGAUCUAGUCACUUUAGAAUGGUUAGAUAAACAACCCAAAUUGAAUGAGAUGCCUUUAUUUUUAAAUGAGAAUGUCACUCCUAGACAAAUGAAGACGCGUUUGUGUCAGUGGGUUGAUACAUCAUUGAGUCAAGAAGGCCCGCAUGAAGAAGAUGUUGCCUACUUCAUUGCAUAUAUUGCUCAGAUGAUUGAAGCUGGACAAAUCAGCAGAGCAAUUGUGGUCGUAGAGACCAUUAGAGAUCAUCUACAAUAUCACAUCUCGAUGCUUAAUUGUGGAGUACCGAGUAAUAACACUUCUUUGCAAACAACUCUCAAUGCCAUCGAAGAUUGGCGUGUGCAAUUAAAUACAAAAGUAUAUCCUGCAUUGAAGCAAAACUGCAAGAAUCGAAACAUUAGCAUAGAAUUUUAA